UAGCUUAAAGGGUUUGGGCCCUGAGUACAGUCUCAUGUCACGCCCUCUCCUCUGCACGUUCCCACAAGUUUGUUAACCAAUAAUUUAAAUUUCAAAACCAUUUAAUGAACUUCAAUUCACGUUACAAUACAUUAGUUUCUAUUGUCUCUCCCUCCCUUUUAAUUUUAUUUAACUUUCUCAGAUUGCUUUAAACCCUUUGACUAAGUAAUAGAGGAUGUGCCAGUUGAUGGAAGAGACAUAAAUGCCUACAAUUCAACCUGUUCAUGAAGAAAAUUCGAUUUCGACUCUUUGGUCCGGCUGCGAAUGUUGGUGAUUCUUAUAGCCGAGUGAGCUGUCUAUGUCGGACACUUGUUUCUAAUGUAAGAUGCUGGGAUGUAGAUGGCAAUAACGUCGUUUCGUACUUUGAAGUUCUAUCCGUGAGGCUUUCCAUGGGUUGCAAGGUUCAAAACUAAUCCACGUGUUUUUAAACAUAAAUGUAUAUCACAUUUCAUAUUGAUUUAGUUGAAGAAGAAAACAUCUUUCAUUAUGAGUACUUCUUUGGCAGAACAGCUGAAGAAGCUAGCAGUACCACAGACUUCUCUUCUGAUUCAGGGCAAAACAAGACCUUCGCUGUUAUUUGAUCCUAGAGAGGCAGCUAAGUUUGAUAGGGAAACCAUUUAUGAAAUAGGUGUUAGUGGUCUUGACGAGCUGGUAAAAUUGAAUCCGAGGUUUGAGGAGUUUUAUAGAAAUUUAUUUGAUCUGUCAUCUCGGUCCUUUGAGAGAGCAGUGGAAGACAAGAAGGCUAACAAAAUUCUGAAUAAACUCAUUCGUAGAUUUUUACUCUUACUGUCACCAUAUUUUCUUCUUAAAGCAUCACAUAAAGCAUUGGAAUGGCUGGUGAACAGGUUUCACAUUGAAUCAUUCAACGUUGAUGACUUAAUGAGCCUGAUACUCCCCUAUCAUGGUACACGCAUAUUUGUGCGUGUACUACAGAUGAUUGAUGUAUCAGAUGCCAGCAACAGAUGGCACUGGCUGCACCCUUUGCAAGGUCCUGGUGUUCCGUUGUCAAAAACUGCACUACUCAAUCGAUGUGCAACUGAUGCAUCUUUCCUUCACUUUGUUUGCAAGAUGACUUCAGAUACCAUCAAGGAAUACAAGAAUCGGAGUGAAGCACUUUCCACUCUCUUGGCUUUCCACUGUACCACGAUAGUCGGAGGACUUGAACAUGUGAACCGAGUGAACGAACUUCAGAUGACACACAUACUGAAGUCCCUGCUUGAAGGCUUGACGUCACCCAUACUGGAUUAUGUAGCGGGUUCUUACACAAUUGUCGCGCAGCUAACACGCCGCACCCAGCUGUCACGCCACAUAUUCUGUGGGAUUGUUCACAAGAUUGCUGAGUGCAGCCAACCUAAGCUUCGGUCACAGUGUGUGCUCCUGUUGGUGCUGCUGUACCAGACUCGGUGCUCCGAGCAGUUGCCGUCCGUGUCGCCGCGCACCGUGGAACGCCUGGCACACCACCGUUGGUUCCCAGUCAUUCUAGGAGAGUUACGGGAUGCUGGCAUACAUAUUACGCCGUUUGUCGUGCCUCUCCUUCGCGGCGCUCUGUCAGCUGUUCAGUCCAAAGCAGAUGACAGGACAGAUCUGUGCAACUUUGCUGAGCAGCUGGUCGAGAAGGUCUCGGACGAGAACAUGGCUGAGCUUCUGAUUCAAACCACCAUAGAAACUUUUGAUGUGGACGGCCUUACUGCAUCCGGGAUAGGAAACUCGGAAGAUGAUAAAAAUGUUGAGAUUGGAAUUGAUGAUGCAGAAGAGGUGAUUUCUUGGUAUGCUGGUUUCCUGAAGUCUCUGGAGCGCCAGCAUGCGAAGUCAUAUGAUGCUGUGAUUCGCAAGGCUCUGAGUAACAACAGCGAUUCAUCAAAACAGGCAAAGGCAGCGAGAACUCUGCUGGGCGUGACGAGGGGAGGCGCCGUUCCUCUUGGUGGCACAGAUUUGUUUGAAAGAAUUCAUCACCCUAGCGCUUCAGUAAGAGCAGAAGCUGUUCAGUAUUUAGUUACAAACCACAGUUCUCUGCAGGAACGCUACAGGGAUCUGACCUGUACUGCGUUGACAGCCAGACUGAGGGAUGAUAGCGCAAAGGUUGUGAGAACGUCGCUUGCUUUUUCUACGGACACACUGGUCGAUUUGCUGGGAGCCGAAGCGGCGCUAGACGAGCUGAUAUCAUUGACCGUGCAGUAUUUUGACAAGUCUGGCAAGGACUGUUCGGAUGUCAUCCUCCUGCUGGUGAAGCACUUGUGCUCCGAUUUGCUUCAAGCUGACUCGGCACUCGCCGAGACCCGCAUCCUGCUAACGUUGCUUCCACUUCUUAUGCCUGUGAAGGAGAGGGAAGUAGACACCAUGAUAACACUCAUAAAACAAAAUUCCUUCAACAACAAAUGCAAUUUUUUGUCCGCGUUGAUAAAGGAAUUAAGUACUGCAGGCUCCGCAGGCAUGAUUACAAAUGUCUGCUCUGCAUUUCUCACCUGCCUGUCUGAAAACAGGGAGCUUCUUCCAGAUGUUGAACUUCUGUUAGAAGCUGCUGAGAAGUUUUAUCCAGCCAACAGGAAACCUGUUCAUAUAUUUUUGCUGCUCCUGUUGCUAGUUCCGUCUGCUUGUAAGAAACCCACGAUAGCCGUCAGCCAGCAGAUACUGGAUGUGGCUGUGUCAUAUGUUAACAAAUAUCAGGUGGCAAGGGUGAAAGGUAAUGUGGCACUAAUGGAUGGCAGUGUGAUGGCUAAUUGCAUAACAGCCGCACGUGCCGGUCGUUUUCCACUGCUGGCCUUCUUGUACUCUGUGCUGCAACUGGUCCGACACUCGCCAUUUGCCAGUUUAAUCAAGUCUGAACAUGGGGGUUGGUGGGACCUGGAUCAUUGCAUCGAGACAAGGAAAGACGGCGACCUGGCACUCAGUUUUGCUGUCAGAGUGGUGGAGAUUUUAAUCACUGGGUGUGGAGUUGGUCACAAACAUAUCCGCAUGCAGUACGCCAUGUGCCUCAAGGAGUUCUUCCAGGUGUAUUUCCCAGCCAUGGCUUCACAGGUGAAGUUUCUGUGCAAUAUUGUUGCGUAUCAUGGAGGUGAACAUGUGGCAGUUGACUGGGCUGAACUGAGGUUGCGCUGCCUGCGUCUUGUGGCCGCUCUCUUAAAACAGUCUGAUGAUUCCAUCAGCUGGGCUCUGCACCUUGAGGAACCAAUUGUUCCAGCUUUAAUGGUUGCAGCAGCAUCCCCUGUCACGCCUAUACGUCACGUCGCUCUGGACUGCUUGUCCGUAUUGUCAUCCUCUAUGGGUGCUGGUCUGGAUUCUCAUACCUACUUACCAUUGCUGGAGGGAGUAAAGGACAGGCGCGAAGAGAUUAUGCUAGAUGCGGAUCAGCUCUCACUGGUGAUGUACACACUGCUAUCCCCAGAUCCUGCAGUCCAGAGCCUUUUGAAACCAUCGCAACAACCGCAGCUAGCUGCUGCAUUGAAUGCUCUGCUGACCGGUAUUACCUCGACCGAGACACCGUUGUAUGUCGCUGUGGGACUUCUGGAUUUGCUGGUUGCUGUCAACUCACAGGAAAUUUUCUGUCGACUUCUUCCUCUUGGACGUCGCGUUCUGUCCGGAGGCCAAGAGUCAGACGGGCGGUUGGAUUCUGAUUCAUCGGCCGUCUUCCGUAACAUUGUUCAAAGGCUGACGUGUGGCACGGCUGCCUGUUUGGAACGUUCAGACUGUUGGGAGUUUGUGCAAACUGCUAUCAGGGAUUGGAAGACAGUGUUGCAGGAUGCAGGUGGGAAGACUUGCCCUGCUAUUCUGAUGAUGCAGCAGAUCUCGCGCGAACUGUUUGAGGCAUUGGACGAGUCGCUUCAGCAGCAGUUACUGUCCCAGUUAGUGUUUGCUGCAAGUGAUUCUGAGCUACCAGAAGUGGCAUCGGCGGCAGGACGAGUUGCGAAGAAGAUUGUCCUCGAUUCCAAAUUAGUUGCAGAACAACUGCAGAAAAUGAACAGUGCUGAAGUUAUACAGCGACCAAAUUCUACACCAGGCGGAAUGGUUUUUCGUUCCAGAAGGAAUGUAAACCAAGCACCGUCACCUGAACUGCUUGAAACGGAAGAGUGGCGUCACGGCGUCACUUUGCUUGAGUGGGUGCAGUCCAAGAAAAAGUUGCAGUCAACUCGUCUGUUGCUGGCACCACUGUUUUCUAUACUCAACAAGUGUUUGCAGUUUGAUGAUCAGCCCCCAGUGGAAUACUCCAAACAGCUGGUACUCUCCUGUCUGCUCCACUGCUGUAAGAAACUCUCGCCAGAUAUCACCCCUGUCGACACAUUGAACCAAGUUGUCAAUGUGGAGGCUGUGGUACAGUGCAUCCGUGCCUCUCAGAACCCACAGACUCAUCAUCAUGCAUUACUCCUGUUGGCUCACAUCGCUGGCAUGUUGCCUGAGCAAGUGUUGCACAAUAUUAUGGCCAUUUUCACAUUUAUGGGAUCGUCUAUUCUACGUCAAGAUGAUGCAUACAGUUUUCAGGUUAUAUCCAAGAUUGUGGACACCAUAAUUCCCAUACUUGUUAAGGCAAGUGAAGGCGUGGUGGAGAACAGUGCAGAUGUGGACAGCGCUGUGUGCUCAGUUCUGCGUGUGUUUGCGGACACCGUGCUGGAUAUCCCGGAGCACAGGCGACUCCUUCUGUUUUGUAAGAUUCUCACUACCCUCGGUCCAGAGCGUUCUCUGUGGUUGUUCCUGUGCUUGGUGUUGGAGGAACACGUGACUCGCGGCCAACAAGAGUCGACGCCCGCAGGCAGAAAGGAUCGGGCAGAGCUGCCUCAGAGACUGGAAUUUGCUCUCAAUCUCGCCAGAAGUUUCACGCCGUUCACUGUCAUUGUCACAUGUAUAAAAAUGGUGAAAUAUAUUCGGUCUCUACCUGUAGAAAAAGACGAAUCCAACAAGCUCGGCAGUCUGCAGAAAUCAACGUCAUCAACAUUGGCCCUCAAGUUAGUGCCAGGUCUGUUCAGCGUGGAGAUUCACACUGCCAAACAGUUGCGCCACUUCAGGUUUACCAUCGGCACAUAUUUAUCAUCACUCCUGUCGUCAUCUCCAUUUCUGAACCAGGUUGCAGCGUUGAGUGACGAGGUCACUCGCGAGCUGGAACCCGUGUACAAGGACUUAAUUGAAAACUUGCUACUGUACAUACAGUCUGUGCAUCAGAUACACGAGUUGCAGCCUGUCAAAUACUGGGGUGUCAUGCUUGGGCUAGCCUAUGAUAUUUUGGACAAGGUAAAUGUUUUGCUUCCGAGCUCAAUGUUUCUGUCAGUCGUCAGAGGCCUGCUCGAUCAUAAGUUGCCAACAGUUCGUCGCAAGGCCAUGGAGCUCCUAAAUACGCGAUUACAACACCAAGGUUCUCUCUUCUCGUCUGGUAACCGCGAGGGACUUUUCUCACUACUGACACCAUUAAUGGCUCUGAUGGGCGGCACUGGGGAUGUCGCUGUCAGACCUGAUCUGGAUACUAAUCAGCAGGUUGCCAUGAUAUCCGUCAAGCUCCUGGCUCGAUAUCUUGCUCCCGAAAAUCCAUCACAUUUCAAGGAGAUUCUGGUACGAGUGACAGGACUGAUCCAGUCGGAGGCAGUCCAGAAGAACCUUCUUGCAUCAGCUGUGUUGUGCAUAGCAGAACUUGUCUCUGCUCUGAGGGCCCAUGCUAUCGGCAGUCUUAACCAGUUUAUGCCGGCUCUCAUGAACGUCUUACAUGACCAGCAGGAGUUGGAAAGUCCGAACUUGGUUCUGCUGAGUGUCAUCACAGCCACCCUGAAGAUUGUGGAAAGCUUGUCACAGUUCCUUAGUCCUUACCUGGACAAGUUGUUGCUUGAGGUUUCCUCUCAAUCGGCCAAGUGGCAGGACAACGUAGACGACUCCAAAGUCACCCCAGUGUUACAUAAGCUGAAAGCAAUCAGACAGAAGAUAUCCGGUACAGUUCCCGUCCGAGUGCUGACCCCGGCUGUCGGCCGCUGUUACUCCUGCCUUCUUGCACAGGGGCAGUAUGCAGCCCUGGGCCCCCUGCUGUCUAUUUUAGCAGAUAGUUUUUCCACACUGAGCAGUUCAGAAUUCACACAAUUGAUGAUGGAACUCACAGCCUUCUUUAUGUCAGCUCUGCAGUUCCGAGCAGAUUGUUCCACCGGGGACGCUGAUACACGUGUGUCACAUGAUGAUAUUGCACAAGCUGAGGGCCAUGUAGUAAAUGCUCUUGUUGCUCUGAUACUCAAACUUUCUGAGUCAACAUUCCGCCCGCUUUAUUACACUUUGUUUCACUGGGCCACCAGUUCCGAUGCACAUAAAGAUCGUGUCAUAACAUUUUACAGGCUGUCCAGCAGUAUUGCAGAAUGUCUGAAGGGACUAUUUGUGCUGUUUGCUGGACGACUGGUGCAGAAUGCCUCGUCACUGCUGGAUCAUGCCAAUGUCUGCAAGUCGAGCGAGAGCGAAGAUGAAGGGCGAGCAUAUGACGAAACAUCAGCCCAGCUGUUGCUGCAGUACGUGCUGCAGACGCUGUACAGGAUAUUCCAGCAUGACAGUGGCCAGGGGUUUGUUAAUAAAGAGCGUUUUGAUGUACUGAUGCAGCCGCUUGUCGACCAGCUGGAGAAUACGCUGGGAGGCGUCGAGGCUCUGCAGUCCCGGGUGUCAUCAUUGCUUACGCCUUGCAUAUCUCAAUUUGCUGUUGCUGUGGCUGACGAUGCCUUGUGGAAACAACUCAAUUACCAGAUUCUGCUCAAGACUCGUCACAACCUAAAACAGGUUCGCCUUGCUGCCCUGGAGGUACUGUGUGAGAUGGCCCGCAAACUUGGCGAAGACUUCCUUCCACUUUUGCCAGAAACUGUCCCAUUUCUGGCUGAACUACUUGAGGACGAGGAAGAGGCAGUGGAGUCUGCUUGCCAGAAGGCAGUCCAGGAGUUGGAGGAGAUUCUUGGUGAACCUCUCAAGAAGUAUUUCUGAUCUAAUGGUUGAAGCCGUUGGUACAUUCCUUUGGUUAAACAACUCAAACUAGUAAUGGGGUAUGAAUACCUCGAGGCAGUCACAGUUUUUAGAACAUGAAAAUACUGGGUUGGCCCGUACUGCGCUGCCACCCAUGAAGUCUGAGGAACCUGGACAUGUUGCGCACAAACUGUUGACUGGUGAAAACCAAUGAAGAUGGCGGACAUUAAGUUUGGGAUUUGAUUUAUUGCCGUGCAGGAGGCAUUCGUGAUGGCGUGUUUGGCGAUAAAGGAGUGAAACAUCUUCACUGUGAGUACCGUCAUAAAGUAAGAAAUCAAAUGUAUCUGAUGCUGGGGUUACCACUAUUGACUGAGGGAGGUUUGUCCGACAUUCCUGAAUUGACAACCGACAGGUAUUGAAUGUGCUGUAUGAUUUUGACUCUUAAUAUGUGAAUAUAAGAACGUGACUAAAACACA